GUGCGCUUACCUCGAGCUUUAAUAUCAGUCAACACGAGCUCGCUGCAAAAAAGUAAAAGCAGCCAGAGAUCGAGGCACGCGUCAAAUCCGGGCUCCUUGCACUCCUUGCACUCCUUGCACUCGCUGCGCCACCGAACCCCGCAAAACUUCUCUGCGCGCGCGGUUUGCGGUAGCGGACUGCUCGGACAUGGUCGAUUAAAAACAAACGCGUAUAUCGGGAACAGAAGGAAGUAUAUCGGUGAUUAUUGGUGAUUACUUGUGAAGAUGGACCCGCUAUUCACUUACACCGACUCACCGGGAAACUGGAGCGCGGAGAAUAACGGCACGGACUCGCACUACUGGAACCAGUUCACGCAGCCCGCGUGGCGCAUCGCGCUCUGGGCGCUCGCCUACAGCUUCAUCGUGCUGGUGGCGGUGGUGGGCAACGUGACGGUCAUUUGGAUCAUCGUGGCGCACAAGCGGAUGCGCACCGUCACCAACUACUUCUUGGUGAACCUGGCGUUCGCUGAAGCGUCCAUGUCCGCCUUUAACACCGUGGUGAACUUCGUGUACGCGGCGCACAACGAGUGGUACUUUGGUUUGGGCUACUGCCGCUUCCACAACUUCUUCCCCAUCGCCGCUGUGUUCGCCAGCAUUUGCUCCAUGACCGCCAUCGCCGUGGACAGGUACAUGGCCAUCAUCCACCCACUGAAACAGCGGCUCUCAUCCAUGCAGACCAAAGUGAUCAUUGGUGUGAUCUGGGUGCUUGCUUUCCUCCUCGCAUUCCCACAGUACUACUACUCUGACGUGGUCAAGAUGCCCAACCGCAUUGUCUGCUAUAUUGACUGGCCAGAAUACACCCUCAUGGACUUCAAGAAAAUUUAUUACGUGUGUGUGGCCGUGUUGACCUACUUUCUGCCUCUGUUGGUGAUGGGUUGUGCUUAUCUGGUGGUGGGUCUGAACCUGUGGGCCAGCGAGAUUCCCGGAGACUCCUCCGGUCGCUACCAGGAGCAGCUCACUGCUAAACGCAAGGUGGUAAAGAUGAUGAUCGUGGUCGUGUGUACCUUUGCUGUCUGCUGGCUGCCAUACCACGUCUACUUUCUCCUUCAUCAGUAUUUCCCUUUGCUCUUUGAGAAGCCCUUCAUCCAGCAGGUCUACUUGGCCAUCAUGUGGCUUGCCAUGAGCUCCACCAUGUACAACCCCAUCAUCUAUUGCUGCCUAAAUGACAGAUUCCGAGCUGGCUUUAAACAGGCAUUCCGCUGGUGCCCAUGUAUUCAUGCUGACUCCUAUGAAGGCUUGGAGCUGAAGUCCACACGCUACCUGCAGACACAAACAAGUGUUUACAAGACAAGCCGGGCGGAGCCAACGGUGCCGGUUGUCAACAGUCCAUCACUAGAGCUUGCAUCCAACGGCUCAUCAUCUCGUAGCAUGUCCAAGACGGUGUCCGAGACUUCCAGUUUCUACUGCGGCAAUUACUUACCUGCAUAGAAGCUGUUACGAUCAACAAAGAAACGUGGUGAAGAACUGGUGUAAUGGUGCAAAAAAAAACAUGAUGGGUAAAUGUUAUCUGCAUCUAAUAUUCUGUAUAAUCAUUGUGACAGACAAUUCUGAGCAGUCGUGGUGGGUGCAGACAAGAAAGGAACAAAGGUCUGUUAGAAAUCAAACUGAUUAAGAAUUAUGAGGAAUGAAUCAUAUCACUCUGAGUGGGCACACCCUAUAAGCAAUGAGUGAAAGAAUCCAAAGUUCAUUAUGGACAAUGCCAUUAAUGAGCAUUUCAUCUGGUGUUAUCAGUAGUACAGAGAGUAAACACUCUGCUCACUCAUGGCUUAGACGGGAUGUUGAAAUCUGAUCCAUUUAUCAUACUGACACUGAUGGAGUUAAUGUAUGAUCAAGCCCUUGAACCACUUGAUUGAUCUGCCAGCUAAAACAAUGUAAAUAAUAUCUCUGUAUAAUCUUUAUUUCUAGGUAGUAUUGAUGUAGAUGGCAAAGAAACAUGUUGAAAAACCUGUUGAAGAGGCUAAACAUGUCAGCCACCUGACUUUUGGAGAGCUGGGUGUUUUUUCCAUCCAAAAAAAAAAAAAAAUGCUCGGUUCAAUCAUCUGUAUAUGGCAUUAUAAUCUCUGUAACAGACCACUUUAUGGAAAUGUUUUGUGUCUGUGUAAGUGCCUCAUAACUUCUUUCACAGUGUCUAUCAUGUGGUGUAGAUAGACUAUGCUCUUUUUAUUUUGUUUCUUUUUUCUAUUCUUCUGGCCACCUUUUUAUCAAAAUUCAUCUUUAAAAUGACUGACCACAUGAGUCCCUUGGGGUACGUGACCAGAGACAUAGAUGGAUAUAAGGACAGCAUCAGCGAGGCUUUGCAGACAGAUGUGGUCUGGAGUACGAGACCUGGCUACAGUGUAUUAACGUUUACACUUUACUAGUAUGUAAUAUUGCAGAUUAUGUAUCGUAUAUAAUGCCUACAU